CUGAGCAGUCCAUUCAGCUCAGCCGCAGCCAGAAAGAGCUCACAAUGUCUACACCCUAAAACCCGGAUUCCUCUUUCAUUCCCCUUCUGUGCUGCUUUACAGUUUGGGAUCCUUUGGAGGUGACACAAGAUCCAGGGGCUGCACCUUCGUAGUCCUUUGGACACUGAGGAGUACUGGCACAUCAAACAUCUUUAUCCUCCCCGUCCUCCCCGUCACUUACCUCUGCUCACACCAGAGAGGAGCACAGAGGAAAAGCCCAACUUACAUUUGAGGGACCCUUGGCACCACGUAAGGGCGGAGCCAGCCCCUGGUGCCUCCAACUCAGGAAGGAUGAAGAACAGCAUCUAGUGGAUUUCUUUUUUCCUUCUCAGAACAAAGUGCGCUAGUGAGGAGGGGAGACACCGCUUUGAGAUAAAGGGAGGGAGAAAACAGAGAAGUGGAGGAAAAUGCCUUUUGGAGGGUUAGCAGGUUUGAAGGAACAGGUGCUGAAGCCGGGGAAGGAGGAAGUGAAGAACACAGUGGGGGACUCUCUAGGAAACCUGCAAAGGAAAAUAGAUGGUACCAAUGUUGACGAGGAGGACCAAAUUGAACUGACGGAGGAUGGGCGUCCAGUGGCAGCUCCACCUCGCAGCGCCCCUCUGCUGGACUUAAGCUGCUGGGGUUUGCCCAAGCGCUACAUCAUCGCCAUUCUCAGCGGCCUGGGCUUCUGCAUCUCUUUUGGCAUUCGCUGCAACCUCGGUGUAGCCAUAGUGGAGAUGGUGAACAACAACACCGUCUAUAUCAAUGGGACUCCAGUCCUUCAGAGAGCUCAGUUCAACUGGGACCCGGAGACGGUGGGGUUGAUCCAUGGCUCCUUCUUCUGGGGCUACAUUGUCACUCAAAUUCCUGGAGGUUUCAUCUCCAACAAGCUGGCUGCCAACAGGGUAUUCGGGGCAGCCAUUUUCCUGACAUCAGUGCUGAAUAUGUUCAUCCCAUCAGCAGCAAGGGUGCACUACGGCUGCGUCAUGUUUGUCCGCAUCCUGCAGGGUCUAGUGGAGGGUGUCACCUACCCAGCAUGCCAUGGGAUGUGGUCCAAAUGGGCACCACCUCUAGAACGGAGUAGACUGGCCACGACUUCAUUCUGUGGGUCCUACGCAGGAGCAGUGAUUGCCAUGCCUUUAGCAGGAGUGCUGGUUCAGUAUGUUGGGUGGCCCUCAGUCUUCUAUAUCUAUGGUGUUUUUGGGAUCAUAUGGUAUUGCUUCUGGCUCUUGCUUGCCUAUGGAAGCCCAGCUGCCCACCCCACCAUCACUGAUGAGGAGAAGUCAUACAUAGAGUCUGCCAUUGGAGAAGGUGUCAACAUACUGAGUGUCACUGAGAAAUUCAAGACUCCGUGGCGCCGUUUCUUUACCUCCAUGCCUGUAUAUGCCAUCAUCGUGGCCAACUUCUGCCGCAGCUGGACCUUCUACCUGCUCCUCAUCAGCCAGCCGGCAUAUUUUGAGGAAGUCUUUGGCUUCCCCAUCAGCAAGGUGGGCAUACUGUCUGCUGUGCCCCAUAUGGUGAUGACCAUCGUAGUUCCCAUUGGAGGACAACUGGCUGACUUCUUACGCAGUAACAAAAUCAUGUCUACAACCAAUGUGAGGAAAAUCAUGAACUGUGGAGGCUUUGGUAUGGAGGCUACUCUGCUUCUGGUGGUUGGGUUCUCUCACACUCGAGGGGUCGCCAUCUCCUUCCUAGUCCUGGCGGUGGGCUUCAGUGGAUUCGCCAUCUCAGGUUUUAAUGUCAAUCAUUUGGAUAUUGCUCCUCGUUAUGCCAGCAUCCUGAUGGGCAUCUCUAAUGGGGUGGGAACUCUGUCGGGAAUGGUGUGCCCCUUGAUUGUUGGUGCCCUGACAAAACACAAGACUCGUCAAGAGUGGCAGAAUGUAUUUGUUAUUGCAUCCAUGGUCCAUUACUCAGGGGUCAUCUUCUACGCUAUCUUUGCUUCGGGGGAGCAGCAGGACUGGGCAAAUCCUGAGGACACAAGCGAGGACAAAUGUGGCAUUAUUGAUGAGGAUGAGCUGGCGGAAGAGUCAGAGCUCAACAGCGAAGCUGCCAUGGCUCCAAAAAAAAGUUAUGGAACCACGGACAAUUCCUCUGGCCGGAAACAGGGUUGGAAAAAGAAGAGAGGGGCGACCAUGCAAGAGGAAGAGGAUGAAAAUCAACAUUAUGGGAAUGGGAGCUACCAGGACCGGUACCAGUGAGAAGCAGCCCCUUGGGGCAAGAACUUCCCCUUCGCUCAAACCCAAUGAAGUGGGUGAAGGGUCAAAUUCACACCCGUGGAACUGUCAGAUGUCAUCUGGGAGGAAAGGAACAGCGGCUGUCAGCAACGUACCACAAGAAGGCCUUUUGUCAUUUUCAGUCGAUUCACGCAUUUUAUUGCUAUCAUCUGAGACUAUUUAUGUCUGUCAAGAGAGAUGAUCCUGAUGAUAAAAGUCAAACAUAACAAUGGUAAAAAAAAAAAAAAAAAAAAAAAAAAACAGACAUCUUUUUAUUAGACAUCUUGAGCAGAUUAUUGUAUGGACAAGACAGAGUGAAACAUUUUGAAGAUGUCAGUGUAUAAAAUCAAAUGAUACAUAACUUUAUGUAACUGAGCAAACUGUGAUGACGACUGAAGGUUACUUAGGCAUUAAAUUUAAUCUACAUUUACAUAAAUAAUAGAGGAAUGCGAUUGGUAGAAUGACAAAUGAGCCACAGAUUAACAUUCAUUGCAAGAAAAGUAAAUGCUAUGGCUUUGAUAAAGCUACAUCAAAAACACAUAUCACUUGCUUUACUUUUCCUGCAGCCUGCACCGAUGACAUCCCGUCUUUGUACUGUGAGCGCAAGCAAAAUUGAAAUUUGAAUGAAGUUUAUGUAGUUUACCUUGAACCAUGUAAAAAAAAAAAAAAAAAAAAAAAAAAAAAAAUGAAAUGUUUUGCAUCAGCUAUGCAACAUGAAAAGAUAUGUGCUUAUGGAAUGUAAUUGGUUUGAUAUCAGUAUCAACAACUGGAGCAGGUCACAGUGUUCACGUAUUGAGUUUUAUUGUUUCUGCUUGUCCGUAUUCACUGUUGCUCAGUGGUUCCACUUUAUUACAGUUUAGCCUGCUGUCCUUUCUAGAGCAGCUGCAAGUUCCACCAUAACUUUUUAAUGCAUUACUCACAGCAUUAUAUCAGCUUCCUUCCUUAUAAUGCUGUGAUCUCAGAGUGGGACAAGAGAGGAGGGGCGCUGUGCACGUUUCUCUGGUUUAGUCCAACAGGGGAGUGUGCUGGUGGCACACCAUGCAAUCAUCUCGUGUUAGUCUAUUUAUCCUGUUGUUGUUUGACCUUUUUUUUUCUGAAUGUGAAAUAGAUGGCAAGUAGGCAUACUAUCCUCUAAGGGGAUCCAAUUUGUAUUCUAAAAUAAUGUACAGUAAUGUUUCGGUAAUAAUAGAAAUAUGGGAAAUCUACCACACUAUUUAUCAUAACUGCUGAAGAAUAGAAAAUCAGUUUUGUACAGUAAAUUAUUAUCUUAUUGUUUGAAAGAGUAUUGAUUUUAUCUGCACUUUACUUGAACAUUGCCCGGUGUAUUAUAGAUUUAUUCUGUAUGAAGAUGCUUUGGUUUAACAACAAGAACUCUCCGAACAGGUCUACAGCUUUGGAUUUUUUCAAUAAUGUGAAAGACACUGUUCAUCAUCACAUCUCACCUCAUCUAUUUGAAAUUUUAAUGUGCUUAAUACAUCAUCAAAGUGCAAUUUGUCAAUUGCUUUAAUGGGAAAUAAAUAAAUAAAGAAAAUAUGUAACUGUUUUAACCA